GCGUGGUUCGCGUUUCGCGGUUCGCGCGUGGUCGCGUAGCCAAGCGGAUCGCGACGCUGCCAACGAUAUUUCGAAAACGGCGCUUCCCACGCGAACGUCUGUUCAGCGUUUGCCGCUCGUUUAUUUUGCUAAUUCAAACAAAUGCUCUCGAUCGAUCGUUUAUGGCGCGCGGCUGGCACGUCUUUUCGCGGCGUGGUUUCUUUCUCGCGAUAAGCUUCGGAGGAAGACGGGAGGAAGGGCCACUCGGCGAGAUGAGAAAAUCGGCCGAAGUCGGGCGAACGUUAAGCAACGGUCGACCGGUGAAUCGAAAGCGAACUCGUUGGCCGAGGUUUGCCUUUUCAGGUCGCGAAAGAUGUUUGGCUCGCGUGCGAGCGAUAUCCCUAAACGACCUUGCCGCGAGCAUGUCCCACGUUACGUACACCGAAUGUGCAAUACGUACGCGUACGUUCUCGCGCGAGUUAAUCCGAGUUCGACUCGAUCCGAUCCGAUCCUCUGUCACACCUUACGAUAUUAUACGAUACGAUGCGAUACGAUACGAAACGACACGAUACGAUACGCGUUAUUAUCGUGGAGCGGAUCACGGCGCGGCUCGAGCGAAGCGUUGCGCCUACCGGAUACGAGCCGUGGCGAUCGACACGCGCGCGGCUACCGACAACGCGUCAACAACGACAACAGCGAUAUCGUGUAACGAACCCGACGCUCGGUCGAAACAGAUUCGAACGCUGUCCGUUACGUGGAGAAAAACGAACGUAAGGUUCGAGUGGAAGAGGAGAUAUCGCGGAGCAACGGUACUCUUCGGCUUCGUGCUCGUCCCGUGGCGUUGCAACGAGCAGCGAGAGCGGUCCUCGCGUCAUCGAAGGAGCCCCGCGUCCUACGUAGUAGGCGAAAUUUCUCCGUAACGGUCGCGAGGCGAUACUCGGUCGGAGGACUGUGCCGAGCGAGGUUUCCGCACGACCUUGCACUCGUUACGCGAAAGAAAGCAAAAGCGAACGACGCGAUUGCAGUUUGACGUUCCGCUCGUUACAAACAGGACCGUUUCUCACUCGUCUCUCCUUCGUCCAUUUCCCUCCGCUGUCCGUCCAAUCUGCUCUCCUCUGUUUUUCGUUCUUCGAUUCCUCCGUUUCGUCCUGCUCGCGCGUGCGUCCAUGAUCGCGGAUAGCGCGAUCGAGUCUUAAUUCCGCGUUUUUUUUCCAGAGACACGCGCGAAAACCGAUUCGCGCGUUCGACCGCGAUGUCGCGAGGUAACGAAACUAUUCAACGCGAACGUUGUUUGCACGUUCGGCGAUGACCGAGUGGAAUUUAAUAACGAGUGGCGUGCGACUCUGCUUCUGGUCUAGCUUUCUUACAGCGGCUCGUUGCAAGGGCGCGCUUCCACGAACGAAGCUAACAAGUAAAUCGUCGUGAUCGGCGGCGAAGGGGAAGACCGAAGCGAAGGCGACGCGCACAGCGGAACGAUAUCGAUGUCGAGGAUGAGGACGAGACGAUCGCUGUCGAAACCGUUGAUCCUAGUUGCGGCCCUGGCUUUCGUUUCGCCGAUCGGUCGGUGCGGCGCUUCGGAAAGCAUAAUAGGAAGCCGAGAAACAUGCGACAUCGAAGGAGAAGAUUUCACCGUGGACAAGAUCCCGAAUACCAGAUGUUUCAACUGUUUGUGCAAGAACGGUUUCGUCGAGUGUAGGAAACAGCAGUGCCCCAGCAUCGAGGGUUGCUACACGUUGCUGGAACCACGCGAGGAAGAGUGCUGUCACAGGUGUAAAGGUUGUACGCGGAAUGGAGUCCAUCAUGAAUCCGAGACGGAGUGGAUCGAGGAGAACGAUCCGUGUAGAAUCUUCACUUGCAAGGCCGGAGUGAUCACGGAGUCUCGACUGCACUGCUACACGCCUUGCGCGAAUCCUAUUCCGGCCGCAGCCGGCCAAUGCUGCCCGGUGUGCGCAGGGUGCAACGUAAACGGACAGCUAGUGACGGCAGACAGAUCGGUGACCACCACCGAAGAUCCCUGCGUUACUUGCAGAUGCAACGCUGCCGGUCGAUUAACGUGCGCGAAACAGGCCUGCCCGGUGCUACAUUGUCCCGGCUCGAAGAUCGUUCACGAUUCCGGAGAAUGUUGUCCACGUUGCAAAGGCAGUCGAAGAUACUUGUCACCGCCGAAAGGCGCGUGCAUGCUGGGAACGGGUAUCUACAAUUCCGGCAAUCAGUUCUACCUGGAUCAGUGUACGCGGUGCAGCUGCUCCAAUUCCACCGUCUCCUGCGUUCGAGAAACCUGUCCGGUACACGACUGUCUGGCCGAACAUCAGAUCGCUGUUCCCGGUCGUUGCUGUCCCCAGUGCUCCGAGGUCGAGGAGGUCCGACGAUCUUGCACCUACGCCGGCAAAACCUACGGGGAUGGCGAAAGUUGGAAGCUUGACUCGUGCAAGGCAUGCGCCUGCAUGCAAGGUAAAGUACGCUGCGCGAUGCCGAUGUGCCCACCGUUGAAUUUGCCCUGCCCUCCAAACUCCAGAUUGGAACAUCCGGAGGGCCAAUGCUGCCCCCGUUGCGUGGAAAGUGACGGAGUGUGCACCGUUUUCGGCGAUCCGCACUAUCGUACGUUCGAUGGCAAGUUUUAUAGCUUCAAGGGACCUUGCAAGUACCAGCUAGCCAGCGAUUGCUCGGGACACACGUUCAGCGUUCGAGUGACGAACGACGCCAGGUCCACCAGAUUCUCCGCAUGGACGAAAACGAUCGCGAUCAAGGUAGGCGACUUGAAGGUGAAUCUCGGGCAGAAGAUGCGAGUGAAGGUAAACGGGAAGAAGGUGGAGAUACCGUAUCGCAUGGCGAACCGGCUGGACGUGAAUCGCACGACGGACAGCAUAAUCGUGAGCACGCAGAUCGGAAUCAAGGUUCUGUGGGAUGGGAUCAGUUUCCUCGAAGUAUCGGCGCCGACUUCGUACAGGGGACGGCUCUGCGGUCUCUGCGGCAACUUCAAUUCCCUACCAAAGGACGACUUUACCAAUCGUAGGGGCAAACUGUUGCAAGAUCCUCAACCGUUCGGUCAAUCUUGGCUAGUGGGGGCCAAAAAGAGCUGCGUCAGGCCAAAGCCGAGCGUGAGCCCGGAUCGAGCCAAACGUUGCAGAGGACGAAAAGAUCACAGGUUAUGCAACAGGCUGAGGUCGCAGAUCUUUGACGCUUGUCACAAGAAGGUGAACCCGACCAUGUACUACAAGGCUUGUCUACAGGACAUGUGCGAAUGCCCGACCGAGAAUUGCUACUGCGAAUCGUUCACCGCAUACGCGCACGAGUGCAAAAGGCUGGGCAUUCAAUUGCCGCACUGGCGAAAAUCGACCAGAUGUCGAACCGGUUGGGACCAGUUCUCGGGAUCUGGCCCAUCUCUCGGUCCGCGUUUUCCUUGAUCCAUGCGUACGUCCCCUCCUUGUCCUUUCUCUCGAGCGUCGAGAAAAAGAGAAAAAGAGAGAGAGAGAGAGAGAGAAAGAGAGAGAAAGGUGUCCAAGGCGAUCGACGUCCCGCGACCGCGAGGAAACGAUCGUUCGCGCCUCUUCUCCUCUCGGUCUCUGUCCGCGUUUGCCGGAUUCGCGAGCGAUCGCUCCGCGAAAUUCUCAGCUAGUCACCGCGUUUGUUAGCCGCGACGAACCGAUCGAUUCGCACCGCAGACGAGCAAACGCAUCGCGCAUCAUCGUACAACUACUGUACACCCGCGUCCCGUCGACGAUCGCCCUCCUUCGUCCUCGCGAGUACACGACGUCUUCCUUC